CCUGGUGCCUGAUCUUCCAGAUAAGAAUCGGUGCCUUAUCUUCCUCGAAAACUUUUCCGAAAAUGAGCAGCGGGAACUGAUGAAGGAUAUGACUGGGCGAUACGACUGGCCAAAGAUCAAGGAGAAUCUGCUGGCUGGAAGCUUCGACCAGAUACUUUACCGUCUCCUGAAGCAGCAAAAGGAGGACCGCGAGAAGGAAGGGGUAAGCACGGACAAGGAUCAGGCCAUUUACAAAACCCUGACUGAUAUGCGGAACAUGAUGGCUGACAUGAAGGAGGAAAGGUUAAAGUUGCAAAUGAUGAUGGUCCAAACAAAGGGUGGAAAAAGGAAGGGAAAAGCUCCCGUCGUGGAGGAAGUGAGUAGUAGCAGCAACGAAGAGGAAGAUGAGGAGGAAGUGGAGCCCGCUCGAAAAUUGACCAAGGCAGAACGGAAGGCCCUGAAUCAAAUACGAGGAGGGCAAGGCACUAGCAAAAAGCAACGAAACAAUAAUGGAGGAGGUGGACAAGGAAGCAACCAGGAACAGGCGGCGCAGACCCCUCCUCAGCAACCCCAACCUCAGGCAGGAGGCCGAGGCCGAGGUCGAGGUAGAGGACAAGGCAUUGGGGGAGGCCGAGGAAAUGGGGGCGGCCGAGRCAAUUGGCAGAAUUGGUUUUGCAAGUAUUGUGGCCUAGAUGGRCAUGGGAUACGGUCUUSGCAGACCGUUACCAAAGAUGAAAACGAUAAGGUUAUAUAUACGAAUAUCCGAGGUGAGGUCUACGACUUCGAAGGGAACCUCAUCGAUCCCAAUGUGGAGGGAGGAAUGAGAAAGGAGGUUUUUCGACGUAUAGGGCGAGAUCUUCCGGCAACUUUCCGACURGCUUCCUCGGAAGAAGUCGAACAGAUUGAGUUGGAAGCGGCGAUGGAAUCAUUGACGAUUGAAGAUGCCAAGACCGGGGAUGAAGAUGGGCAGCCAUCCACGGGGGAGCGGCAGACAGGCAGACAUGUGGNGGAAGAUGAGGAGGAAGUGGAGCCCGCUCGAAAAUUGACCAAGGCAGAACGGAAGGCCCUGAAUCAAAUACGAGGAGGGCAAGGCACUAGCAAAAAGCAACKAAACAAUAAUGGAGGAGGUGGACAAGGAAGCAACCAGGAACAGGCGGCGCAGACCCCUCCUCAGCAACCCCAACCUCAGGCAGGAGGCCGAGGCCGAGGUCGAGGUAGAGGACAAGGCAUUGGGGGAGGCCGAGGAAAUGGGGGCGGCCGAGRCAAUUGGCAGAAUUGGUUUUGCAAGUAUUGUGGCCUAGAUGGRCAUGGGAUACGGUCUUSGCAGACCGUUACCAAAGAUGAAAACGAUAAGGUUAUAUAUACGAAUAUCCGAGGUGAGGUCUACGACUUCGAAGGGAACCUCAUCGAUCCCAAUGUGGAGGGAGGAAUGAGAAAGGAGGUUUUUCGACGUAUAGGGCGAGAUCUUCCGGCAACUUUCCGACURGCUUCCUCGGAAGAAGUCGAACAGAUUGAGUUGGAAGCGGCGAUGGAAUCAUUGACGAUUGAAGAUGCCAAGACCGGGGAUGAAGGAAGAUCACGGCUGUGGGGGAGCCAUAGCCGGGAGGCUGCCGCUGGAUUGGGUGGUGCGGCGGAAGCGCUUCCAAAAUUGUGCGGCGGCAGCACUGGUUCUCUUGGUGGGACGGCGGAAGCGCUGCCGAAUUCUUGGGGCGGCAGCGUUAGUCUUCUUGGCGAUGCGGCGGAAGCGCUGCCGAAAUUGUGCGGUGGCAGCGCUGGUUCUCCUGGUGGGACGGCGGAAGCCCUGCUGAAAUUGUGCGGUGGCAGCGCUGGUUCUCCUGGUGGGGCGGCGGAAGCGCUGCCGAAUUCUUGGGACGACAGCGCUAGUCUUCUUGGCGAUACGGCGGAAGCGCUGCCGAAAUUGUGCGGCGGCAGCGCGGAUUCUCUUGGCGGUACGGCGAGGGCGCUACCAGAUUUUGUGGCAACAGUAUUUUGCACAAGACUGCGAAAAGGGGGGUUGGACAUUGCCGCAGGGACGUUUCUCACGGAGUUUGAACGAGUUGCGCGUCUGGUGCCUGAUCUUCCAGAUAGGGAUCGGUGCCUUAUCUUCCUCGAAAACUUUUUCGAAAAUGAGCAGCGGGAACUGAUGAAGGAUAUGACUGGGCGAUACAACUGGCCAAAGAUCAAGGAGAAUCUGCUGGCUGGAAGCUUCGACCAGAUACUUUACCGUCUCCUGAAGCAGCACCGCGAGAAGGAAGGGGUAAGCGCGGACAAGGAUCAUGCCAUUUACAAAACCCUGACUUAUAUGCGGAACAUGAUGGCUGACAUGAAGGAGGAAAGGCUGUGGGGGAGUCAUAGCCGGGAGGCUGCCGCUGGAUUGGGUGGUGCGGCGGAAGCACUGCCGAAAUUGUGCGACGGCAGCGCUGGUUCUCCUGGUGGGACGGCGGAAGCGCUUCCUAAUUUUUGGGGCGGCAACGCUAGUCUUCUUGGCGAUGCGGCGGAAGCGCUGCCGAAAUUGUGCGGUGGCAGCGCUGGUUUUCCUGGUGGGACGGCGGAAGCGCUGCCGAAUUCUUGGGACGGCAGCGCUAGUCUUCUUGGCGAUACGGCGGAAGCGCUGCCGAAAUUGUGCGGCAGCAGCGCGGAUUCUCUUAGCGGUGCGGCGAGGGCGCUACCAGAUUUUGUGGCAACAGUAUUUUGCACAAGACUGCGAAAAGGGGGGUUGGACGUUGCCGCAGGGACGGUACCGCCGAGGUGGAAGUGCGCCUUGGGAUAGGAAGAGUGUGGUGAUCGUUUUGUUGAGGACGUUGCGGCAUGUGGCACUUGAGGGAAUGGUCAAGGYYAUA